AUGGAUAUUACUGAUUUCAAUGUGCUACUCAUUUAUUUAUCGUGUUAUCACGUACAGGUUGCUGUCAACACCAGGCGGGGGGACUUACAAUGCCCGAGCAGGUGUUCGUGUGCGGCGGAUGUGGCGGAGCAGGAUUUUUUGGUGAUAAGCUGUAAAUGGUCAUCCCUGUCGGUCAGUGCAGCGGAGCAGCAGCAUCCAUUCGCUCAUUUUCCUGUGAAUAUUACUAAAACACUGAACAUCGACUGCGAUUCGACGGCGACAGAAACAGCCGACCACUACGAUCAGUUUAGCGAAAAUUUAUUUACGGGAUUUUCUAAUCUACAAAAUUUACGGAUACAGAGGUGUAAAACACAUGCAUUGCCGAGGAAUUUACUACACGGGCUCAGUAAUCUACGUUCCGUGCACUUCUAUCAACUCGAAAGGCUGAAACUUCCCGAUGAUUUCUUUACGGAUAACAAAAGACUGGAAAAAUUGACAAUAGUGGAGUGUAAUUUGGAAGCGCUGCCCGAUUCACUACUCUGUGAUAGCCCCUAUAUUCAGCCAGAAACUUCUAUCACGUAA